CGCCCUUGUUGUAAACGGCAUCAAAUAAUUUUUAUUUAACAAUACUUUGGAAAAUAAUUAAUGCUGAAUUUCAAAAGGGUUUUUACAGCUUUACCCAAUUCGCCAUGACGGAUAAAAGAUAAGAAUUACUCCUCCAAUCAGUGCUCCACAAAUUCUUCAUGCUCAAGUUUUCACGGAAGUAUAGAAGAAAAAUUAAUCAAUAAUUAGUGAUUGAAAUCGUUUUGCGAAGUUAGUUGUUGCAUUUCCUGUUCUGAUAGUGCUUUGGAUAAAAAGAAAUGUCAUCAGGGGCCACGGAAUCUGGGGACUUCGCUCAAACAGUCUCUGAUAUCAACACAAACACUUCCGAUACCUCACCAGUAUGUACAUCAGUCAUUUCGACAAACCCAAUGAAAACCCAAGUGGUUCCGUUGGUUUACAUCCAGACACAAUCGAAACUACCAUUUUCAUCAAUCACCAAACCCAGCGUGGUCAACACGGUGCCCCAGUUACAAUUCGCCACACUUCCACCAAAUAUAGUUAAUAAUAAAAACACUCCAGCUAGGUCUAUCACGAAUCAAGGUGUUAUUCUCACUCCAGUUAAAAAUGUGACCAAGGCACAGCAGUUGGUAAUUCACAAACCCAGCAACAUGCAGACUGUGACUCUUUCUUCAGGUUCAAAAAUUGCAGGCACAUAUUUGACCAUGCUGAAACCGCUAACUAAAUUAUCAGAGACGAAAAGUGAAGGGCAGAAGCUAAUGAUAGCUCCAAUGCCAAAAGUGAUAAAGAACAGGCUGCCAGUUACGGUCACCACAAACACUCUUCAGCCAAAAAUCGCAUUCAUGCCUCUAACAAUCCCACAGGCGAACAACGAAAUGAAUAAUAAAAUGUUUAAUAUCAAAAUAGCUGAUGGUCAAAUGCAAUCUGAGCCAGAAUUCGGUCUCAAGCAUGAAGACAAUGAAGAAAUGAAUCAUAAUUUACACUGUGAUGAAGUAAUAAAUUUAGAUAGUCCACAUAAGAGUGAGAAAGAGUAUGAAUUGUCAAUUAUGGAAGAUUCCAACUCCAAAAGUGAGACUUUUGGGUUCAGUUUUGACACGUCUGCUGAGAAACGCAAAGAAAUUUUGCCAAAAUUCUCAAAACACGGGAUUUCUAUCCUCAAAAAGAGCUAUCAGGGUGAUAAAAUACGUAACCAUUCUAAUUCUAAUCCCCUUCUAGAUCCUGAUCCUGUGAAGUUGCAAAAAACUGAACGCAGGCGCAAGUCCAAUUUUUCGUACAGGAAGGAUUACGACGAUAUGGAGAUAGUAGACUCUAAGGAGAAGUUUAAACUUGAUUCAGAUGUUACUCUUACAAAACUCGAAGGAUCAGAUAGUUUUGAUAAGGAACACAGAAAGGAUGACUUUCUUGAAAUUGAAGUCAUUAAGGAAAAGAAAACUGAUAUUAAUAUGAACGACGACUUUGAUUUGCAGAAGAUAUUGAAGUGGGAGGAAGGUGUUGGAAGUCUUCCUGGCAGUGAUCUCAAAUUUAUUGUUAAUGAAUUUAAUUUGAUCGAAUAUGUGACUAGGGAAGAGUAUGAUAAGAUCAUUGAGAAGAGGUUGAACAAGGUCAAUAAGCCCAAGAACGAUUUCCAAGAAGAACUACGAUGCCUCGAGUGCGGUUGUUACGGCCUUCCUUCAGAAUUCAUCACGCCUAAAUAUUGCAGUUUAGACUGCCAAGAGAGCGGUAACAACAAACUCUUGAAAGAAAAAGAAAACAAAAUAAAAAAGAAAAAGAAAAAACCGGGAUUUCCUUUGAAGAAAAUUGAAUCCGAGGUUUUAAGUGCUAGCGACGAUGAAACAUCAAACGAAAACUCUCAAGACAAAUAUUCCUAUCCUUGGACUUGUUCGAAGAAGGGUUUCUCUUGGACGAAAUACCUAGAUCAUAUUAAAGCUAAAGCCGCUCCUGUUAAAUUGUUUAAGGACCCCUUUCCGUACAAUAGAAACGGAUUUAGGCCGGGCAUGAAACUCGAAGGGAUCGAUCCACAACAUCCUUCGUAUUUUUGUGUAUUAACAGUUGCUGAAGUCUGCGGGUAUCGCGUAAGGCUGCACUUUGACGGAUAUCCGGAAAAUUAUGAUUUUUGGGUUAAUGCGGAUAGUAUGGAUAUUUUUCCGGCUGGGUGGUGUGAAAAGCACGGACAUGUGUUGCAAGCGCCACCUGGAUACAGUAGUGAAACUUUCAAUUGGAUGUUCUACUUGAAGUUGACCAAGUCGACAGCUGCGCCCAAGCAUUUAUUUGCCAACCGAGCCGGAAGUGCUAUUUGUCCAAAUGGAUUCCGAGUUGGCAUGAAGUUAGAAGCAGUAGAUAAAAAAAAUUCGUCUUUGGUUUGUGUGGCAACUGUUAGGGAUAUGAUGGAUAACAGAAUUUUGGUACAUUUCGACAGCUGGGAUGACAUUUACGACUACUGGGCGGAUCCUACGUCACCAUACAUACAUCCUGUAGGUUGGUGUGACCAAUAUGGUCACAACUUAACACCUCCAAAUGGCACCUCGUUUCUAGAUUACCCAAAUCCGGAAUCUUUCUCUUGGGAAAAGUACCUGAAAGAGACCAAAUCCGUAGCAGCACCUGUUCGAGCCUUCAAGCAACGUCCAGCAUGCGGUUUUAAGCGAGGAAUGCGUCUAGAAUGUGUAGAUAGAAGAGUGCCACAACUCAUCCGAGUUGCUACAAUUGAUGAAGUGAGAGAUCAUAGGAUAAGGAUACACUUUGAUGGCUGGCCAGACAGAUACAGCUACUGGCUAGAUGACGACAGUGAAGACGUACACCCAGUUGGUUGGUGUCAGAAGACUGGACAUCCCAUAGAAACGCCGUUGACUCCCGACGAUGUCUAUGACUUCUUGGAAUGUCCAACAGUUGGGUGUCGAGGAAUGGGUCAUAUUCAAGGACCUAAAUUCGCCACACAUUCUGAACAGAAGUUUUGUCCAUAUGCUGAAGAUAACAUAGACGUGGAAAAAGUUCUACCUGACAGGUUGUUAUCGCCAGAUCGAUUAAUCGAAGCUGUUGUUCCAGUGUCUAGGGAACCUCGGGAGAAAGUAAAGCCGAGAUUAGGUCGUCCUCCCAAAUACCCGCGCCUGGAACCCCUCAUAAAGGAUACAGACGACGAAGUCCCAAAAAAACCGAAAAGAAGAUACCGCAAAAGAUUAAAAUCAACACCAGACGAAGACGAAACGAGUUCUAAGAUCAGUAAAGUUGAGUCUCUCAUUGAAGAAUCUAAAGUGGAACCUGCAGCUAAGGAAUCAUGGUUGACGCACAGUAGAUUUUUAUUAGAUUAUGUGGAAGAUAUUGACGAUCUUUCGCACUGGAAUAUAGAUAGGGUAGCCGAGUUUGUGUCUUCAUUACCAGGAACGGAGGGAAGGGCCGAUCAGUUCAGGAAAAUGGAAAUCGACGGCGAAGCCUUCCUGUCGCUCAAUCAGCGGGAUUUAAUUGAUAUUUUAAGUAUUAAGGUUGGACCCGCUGUAAAAUUGUACAAUGUUAUUGUUUUGUUGAGACAAAAAGUGAGUCGAGUGUUUUCGUAACCAUUUAUGUAGUGUUUUAUCUUUAUAACACGGAUUCGUUUUACGUUGUAAAUAUUUAUAAAAUAUAUUCGGUACGUUGUUA